CCAUACAGUAGCUGAAUUGUGUCUUUGGAAAGAAUAUCCGUCAAACCCGACAAGCAGAGGAGAAAUAGAACUGUGUCAAAACUUCAAAUCGAAAACCAAACCUGCUCCAAAGGUCAAGAAAAAAUUGCAGAAGCAUAAUCAUAUGAAUAUGCAUUGAUUUGAAUUAGGAUAGGCGUGUGGAAGAGCCAUGCCACGGCCGAAGAAGGUCCAGGUAUUGGACCCGGCACCGACGCCCAGUCCCGGCGCUAAAGCGCCUGGCGCUGGCCAGCCAGCAGUGGUGCCUGGAGGGCCUGGUGGGGAAGCGCCCAGGGUUCCAUGGCUGCUCGUGGAGCGCGUCGCUGUACGGCAGGCGCUUAUGCUGUACGGCACAGGGAGGUGGAAGGAGCUGCACGCGGCCUUCUGCCGCCUGACUAAGGCCAAGCAGACACGCACCGUGGGCGAGGUGGAGCGAGCGGCCUGGAGCCUGCUGCAGGCGUUGCGGGCGGCGCACGGGCCGGCUGCCGCUCCCGCCGCAGCUACACCGGAGGGGGGUGCCGGCGCCUGUGCCGACGGCGCUGCCGGUGCCGCCGCCGGCGAGGCGUCCAAGACGGAGACGGACGCAGCCCUGCUGGAUGCCUAUCUGGCGCCCGUGGCACACCUGGGUGACCUGUCCACAGCAGGGGCGCCAUGGCCCAAGAUUGACAAGGGCAGCAAGUGGCUGCUGGGUCGGCUGCGCAUCCUGUCCGACUUCAACACAGCCAUGUCCGCACACGAGGCCCGGCCCGAGGUGGCGGCGCGGUUCAGGUCGCUGCUGGCGGCCCGCGCGGACCGCUCCGCGCCGGCCACCUGGUGGAGCCACGACUGCGACACGGCCCUGCUGCGGGGCAUGUGGCGGCUGGGCUACGCCGAGUUUGAUGCCGUGUUUGGGGACCCCGAGUUCGCGCCAGUAUUUCGCGCGGCGCAGGAGGCAUAUGCGGCCAAGUAUGGCGACCGCCGGCCCGCGACGGCCGCGGAGGCUAAGCCGGCGGAUGCACAGGCGCAGACCGCGGAGGCGAAGCCGGCAGACUCGGAGGCAAAGCCGGCGGGCGCGGAGGGCGGCGAGCUGCCACAGCCAGCGGAUGCUGCGGCUGCGGACUCUGCUGAGGCAGCGGUGAAAGACAAGGAGCAGGGUGCGGGGGUGGGCGCGGAGGAUGGCGACACAGAUAAGGCCGUUGACGUGGCGGCAGCAGCAGCAGCAGCGCCGCCCGCACCGGGUGCCGCGCCCGCCACUCCAGCCGUGGCCGCGGCCGCCUCUGCGCCAACGGGCUUCGUUUUCCCCGACGGCCAGACGCUCAAUCCGCGCGUGCGGCGUCUCAUAGACCUGGUGCUGAAAGCCAUUCGGCAGGUCGAUGGGGGAGAGGCCGUAGAGGCGCCCGCCGGCGGCGCGGCGGCGACCGCGGGCGGGGCCGAGGCAGGCGAGGGUGGCGCGACUGCGGCGGCUGCGGCGGCUAAGCGGCGGAAGUCGGAUAAGCCGGAGAAGGCGGAGCUGUGGAGUCGCAAGGACCGGCUAGACGUAAUGGGGCUCAUUCUGCGCUUUGGCAUGCCAGCUGCCGCCGUGGCGGCUGUCGUGGCGGCGGCUCAGCCGGCGGCGGCGCAGCCGCCGAAGCCUGAGGAGGGGGCCGCGGCUGUUCCUGGCGAGGCGGCGGCGGCCGAGGGUGGGUCUGGGCCGGCAGAGGGCGCGGUGAAGGCGGAGGGUGUGGUUAAGGCGGAGCAGGACGCGGCUGCUGACGCUCCAGGGGCGGCCCCGGCCCCGGCCUCGCCCGGAUUCCGGCCUGUGUCGGCGGCGGCGCGCCAGGCGGGGGAGGACGCGGCGGCGCUUUCGGCGGCUCUAGACAGGAUUGUGGCGGCGGCGCGGGCGCACGUGCCGCGGCUGGGCAACAAGAGCGACGCGGGUAUUAAGCAGGUGGUUCGCGACUUGCUUCUGGAGGUGGAGGGACAUCUGGGUCCGGACCGCACCGAUGACCCGAACGCUCCUGGCGUGGUCAAGAAGACCCGCAAGCAUAGCCAUGCGGCUGACUGUGGCUGUCGCAUCUGCCAGAACGUUGCCAAGCACCACGCGCUGCUCAAGGCUGCGGGCGGUGGCGACGGCGAGGAGGCCGCGGGUGGCGAGGGCAGCACUGCCAACGGCGAGCCAGCAGCAGCAGCUGCUGCUACUACUGCCGGAGGCGAGGCCGCGGCUGAAAAUGGUGAUGCGGAGGGUAAGGGCGACAAGGUUGCAGGCGAGGGCGCCGGCAGCGACGACGAUGACGACGAGAAGGGCGACGGCGACGGCUCGGAUGGCGCCUCUGACAGCAGUGACGGCGAGGAGAGCGCGGACGAGGCCGGCGGAGACUCGGACGGCGGCGGCGGCAAGGGCGGCGAUGACGACGGGGAGGGCGAGGGGGCGGAGGCAGGGGAGGCCGGCGAUGCGGCGGUUGGCGGCGCCGCCGAGGGCGCAGAGGGCGGGGCGGGUGCCGGCGCUGACGCGCAGGCGGCGGAGGCCGGCGGCAAGGGCAAGCGGCGGAAGAAGGGCAGCAUCACCAAGGUGUUGACUGUCCAAACCGCCAACCGCCUGCGCCAGCGGCUGCACUUCCUCGCUGACCUGCGCCGCGGCCUAGAGGCCACCCACACACUGCCGCCGCCACCACCGGCCGCACCGGCCGCGGACGGCGACGACGAUGGCGCGCCGCCGCUGCCGGUGCCGCCGCCGCAGCCGCCGCUGGUUGCAUGGGAGCAGUCGCAGUCGCUGCAGGGCGGCAAGCGCGGCGCGCUGCCGGCGUGGUGGCUGCCGGAGCACGACCUGCAGCUGGCGCAGGGCGUGGACCGGCACGGCUUUGGCGCCUGGGCGGCCAUCGGCGCGGACCCCUCCUUUACCUUUGAGGCAACGGCGCGCAUCGCUGGCGCCCUACCCGCGGCCACGGCUACCGCGCGACCAGCGGCGAGUGCGGAUGGCGAGGGGCAGGGCGGCGGCGGCGAGGACGGCGGCGGCGUCGGUGCGAUGCCGGUGGCGGCGUGGAUGCCGUCGGCGGUGCUGCUGACGAAGCGGCUGACUCAGAUCGUCAAGGUCUUGAACCGCCUGCUGCGCAACCCCAAGAAUCUGGCCAAGGCGGCCCGGCGUCAGGCUCGCGCCGGUUCCGUGCCUCGUGACACGGCGCCAGCUGGCGGUGGCGGUGCUGCUGCUGGUGGCGGCGGCGGUGGUGGCGGCGGCGGCGGCCCUGGUGCUGCUGGCGGCGGCGGCCGGCGGCGGGAUGCUGAGGACGUGUCAAUCGUACACCAGCUCGGCGGCGCCAUCAUCCUGCCCACCACGGCCCGCACUGCCGCCAAAGCCGCAAAGGCCGCGGAGCAGGCGGCCAAAGAGGCGGCUAAGGAAGCGGCGCUGGCGGCGGCGAAAGCCGCCAAGGCAGCCAAGCGCGCGGCGGCGCGCGCGCCCGAGGCGGCCGCCGCCAAGGCAGCGGUGCUGGCGGCUGGCGGCAUCAGUGCAGAGGCGGCGGCGAUUGCGGCGGCGGCUAUGGCUGACGCUGAUGCGCUGGUGGCGGCAAAGCACCAGCGGCAGCAGAAUGGGGAGGCUACCGAGGAGGAGGACGAGGGUGUUGACAUGGAGGAUGACGACGAGGCGGGCGAGGGGGAGGACGAGGAUGAGGGAGGCGAGGGCGAGCAGGAGGACGAGGAGGAUGGGAAGCAGGCUGGAGAGGAGCAGCACGCGGCCGCUACUAAGGUAGUCCUGCAAUCACGCUUCCGGAUCAUUAAACCGGCAGCGGCGCCGCACCGGCCGGCGGCGGCGCACGCGGCCGCCGCCGCCGACCGCAGCACGCCGCCGCCUGGCGCCAACCUGAGUCCGGAGGAGCUGGCCGAGCUCGCCAUGCAGCGGGCGCUGGCGGCGUUGGAGAAGAAGGGCGGCGAGGGCGCCCGCCGGGGCGCGGGCCGGCCUCGCAAGACGCCCGGCUCCGAGCCACCCGGCGUCAAACGCCGCACCCCGACCCUGUCAACGGGCGAAAACGGCGCCGCUGGCGCGGGUGCCGCCGCCGGCGAGGACGACGCUGACGAGGUGGGAGACGAGCCCGGCUCUCCUACCCGGGCGGCGGCAGCGGGCGGGACGGCGUCGUCGCCCAAGCGGCGUAAGGUGGCGGACAACACGUUCGGUGGCAUUCCGUUUGCGGACUCGCCAUUGGACCUCGCGAGCCUGCAGCUGCCGGUGGUGCUGACGCGCGGUCGCGGCCCCUCCGGCGGCACGCUCACCCUGCACGAGCUGGGGACCCUGGAAUGGCGGCGGCAGGCGUACCACGCGGCGCAGUUCGCCUACCUCAUUGGCUUCCGAGCCACUCGUGACUUCUUCUCCAUGACGCGCCCCGACGGCACCGCCACCUACACGAUGGAGGUGCUGGACGGCGGCGAGGCGCCGGUGUUCCGGGUGGUGGCGGACGACCAGCCGCCGGGAGCAGACAUCACGCACAGGACGCCCGGGCAGGCGUGGGGCGUGGUGCUGGAGCGCGUCAAGGCGGUGCGCGGCCUGGCCAAGCUGUCCACGAAGGCCGGCCCGGACGUGUUCGGGCUGGCACACCCGCGCGUGCUGGGGCUGCUCAUGCAGAUGCCGGAUGUGGGUCGGCUCAAGAAGCUGCACCGGCCGCUGGUGAUGACUAAGGCCGGCCUCAUUCACACGCCCGAGGAGAUGGAGGCGGCCAUGGCGCAGAUGGAGGCGGAUAGAGCCAAGUACGACGCAGAGGAGGAGGCCGAGGCGGCGGCCGCCGCAGCAGCCGGGCUGCCGCCGCCAGGCAGCGCUGCCGCGGCAGGCGGCGCGGCGGACGUAUCUACGGCUAGUGGGAGCAAGAAACGCGCGCGCGUCAGCGAGCGGCAGCGGCUGAAAGAGGAGGCGGCGGCAAUUGCGGCGGCGAUCAUGGGCUCGGUGCCAAACCCAGUGGAGCGGCGGGAGCCGGAGUCGGGAGCGGCGGAGGACGACCCGGCGGGCGGUAGUGGCAUGGGCGUGGACGAGGAGGAUGAAGACGACGACGGCGCGGGCGUGGCAGUGAACGGCGAGGUGCAGGCGGCGGCGGGUAUGACGGCGGCACAGAUUGCGGCGGAGGCGGCAGCAGCCGGCGCCGCCAUGGAGGCGCAGGCCGCCCAGGCCGCUCCGACGGAACCCGUCAAGCGGCGGCGCGGGCGGCCGCCCAAGCAGAAGCCGCCACCAACGGAGGCUGAUGAGGACGAGGAGAUGAACGGCGCCGCCUCGUCCCCUGCGCCGGAGCAGUUCCAACUGCGUAUGUCACUUCGACAGCAGCAGCAACAGCAGCAACAGUACAUGCAGCAGCAGCAGCAGCACCCGGCAUCGGAGGUGGCGACGCCGCAGCGCAACGGCCGGCACAACGCGGCGGCGUCGCCGCCGCAGCCGUUUAGCCCUGUGGAGCCAUCGCCCAUGACGCACCAGCGGCUGGCGGAGAGCGCCGCCAUCCUGGGUGCACUGGAGGUGCUGGGGCAGCAGGCGCCGGGGCUGGCGGCGCAGCUGAUGCAGAUGCACAAGGCCGGGCUGCUGACGCUGCAGACGCUGCAGCAGAUCGGCAUCAACCUGACAGUGCCGCCACCACAGGCGCAGGCGCGGCAACCGCAGGCGCCACAGGCACAACAGCAACAGCAACAACAACAACAGGGACUUAAUCCCGCACAUCCGCAUUACCACCAGGCGCAGCAACAGGCGCAGCAACAGGCGCAGCAACAGGCGCAACAACAGGCGCAACAACAGGCGCCGCCUAUUGCUGCAGCGGGAGAGCAGCGCUACCUGAAUCAGCAGCAGAUAGAGCUUCAGCGCCAGCUAGAGCACCAGCGGCGCCUGGAGCAGCAACGGUUAGAGCAGCAGCGAUUGGAGCAGCAGCAGCGGCACCAGGCCGAGAUGCUUAGGCAGCAGCAACAGCAGCAGCAAGAGGAACUGCUACGGCGGCAGCAGCUGCAACAGCAGCAGCUUGAGCAGCAGCAAGAGAUGCUGCGGCGGCAGCAGGAGAAGGAGCUGCUACUGCUGCGCCAGCGGCAGCAGCAGGAGGAGAUGCUGCAGCGGCAGCAAGAGCACCAGGCGCGGGCGCAGGCCGCGGCGCAGGCGCAGGCGCAGGCCCAAAUGCAGGCCCAGGCGCUAGCCGCGCAGGCGCAACACCUGCUGGCACAUGCACAGGCGCCCUACGACCCGCAGCAGCAGCAGCAGCAAGAGUACUCGCCGCCUAAAUCGCCUCGUGUCGCGGGCAUCCCCGACAACCUGCACCCGCAGGUCCGACAGCAGCUGCUGCUGCAGCUCCAGCAGCAGCAGCAGUUGGCAGCCCAGCAGCGGGCUGUGCCGCCGCAGCAGCAGCAGUACGUGGGCGGGGCGCCCCAGAGUGCGGCGGCGGCGGCGCAGCAACAGCAGCAGCAGCAGGCACAGCUGCAGCAGCUGCUGCGGCUGCAGCAACAACAGCAUGCGCUUUUGCAACAACAGCAGCAGCAGUACGGCUGGGGGUCGUAAGGCCUGCUAGGAUGACCCAUUGUGACAAGGCCGCGCAAUAAGACUUAUUCCUUGAUUUCAUCGAGUCACGGUCUAGCCUUUGCCAGUCAUACGUGACUGAUCAGCAACUAGGCCAAAUGACGGGUCCUUCGCAUGUGAACUGUUGACGUGGUGUGGGUGAGACUGCCAGUGGUACAUGAGCGAUUCAAGAGUGGGGUUGAGAGAAUUACUGGUGUACUCAUGAGGACGACGCCACGUCUUGAUGUGUCUGUGGCAAAAGCAGCGCUGGACGCUCGCCCCACGCUGCUUGACAUGCAUUGGUUGCGGUUGCAAUUGGCGUGCGCGUUGCGGCAGCGCAGCUGCUGAGGUCUUGG